UCGAUUUUGAGAAUUUAUUUAUUUCAAGAUAAUUAUUUACUCCUAUUAAGUGAGUUAUAAUUAUAAAAUUACUCUGUUGGAUCUCAUAAUUUGUGACAUUGAAAUUGAAACAAGCCUCUGGCCAACAAGAGUAGUACAAAAACAUGAUGCUCACAGUUUGGAGAUAAGUUACAGUGAGUUAUGUAAUUAUAUUACGGGUAAUCGGAAGCAACAAAAUGCUACACAUACUCCUGCUAAAUUUUGGCGUCGCCUCAGCUGCCAAAAUGGAGCCUUUCGUAGUAGGAGGGGCACAUGGCUCUAUAGUUCAUUGGCCUUUCAUAGCUUAUAUAGAGAUAUCACAGUUUUCUUUUUUUGCGGCGGCGUGUGGAGGGUCCUUGCUCAGCUCACAGACCGUACUGACUGCUGCUCAUUGCUUCGAUGAUUUUACAUUGAAGAAGUCACUGGCAGGAUUCACCUACAAGAUUUACAUGGGUCACUCUAGGCACGCGAGAGCGCAAAUGGUCAGAGAUGUGCUAGACUAUGAGACGCCCAAGUUAUACUCGCCUGAUGACAUGGACGUGCAGGCUGACAUCUGUGUCUUGUUCCUGUCGAGACCUGUCAAUUUCCUAGCCAAUGUCAGAAAGACGUUGUUGCAGCCCACGAAGCUAAGGUUUAGUUACCAGAAGGUUUUGGUGGCCGCUGGUUGGGGGCAUACGUCAUCAAAUGAUAGAACUAGUAGCAGUCCGUAUUUGAAGACGGUCGAGUUGCGUCCAAGACCGACCUUGUGUAGGUUUCUGUAUAGAGUAAUAUGUGCCAAGAAUUGGAAGGAAUAUCCAUAUAGUGGAGAUUCCGGCGGACCCGUUAUAGACAUGUCAACCCGUCACCAAGUUGGCCUAGUGUCUCUCAGAGACAUGGAAACAGGAGUAACGGUGAUGACCAGCGUUCCAGAAUACUGGACCUGGAUAGAAAUAGUGCAACAAAAUAUGUUCCAGAAAUUUUGUGGGAAGUAAACUGUUUUGUGCAGC